GCCGGAGGAGCAUAUCGACCUUAGCACCGCUGGUCUAGAGUCUAUGUACAAUCGCUGAAUAAUCUAUGGAGAGACCAGUAGCCAAGGAUUUGUGAUAACGUUUUAUAAACAUUUUACACCCGAUUAAAAUAUAACUUCCUUGUGAUCUCGCCGAGGCUCUCACGCUGGAUCGAGUGCUGGAUCAAGUCGAGCGCGAGGCCACGAUACGUACGAGACGCGAGAAGGCGAAGCGAAACAACGCGCUCGGCCCGAAAAUGGCAUUAAUUAGGAGAGCCUCUCACGCUGGUAGUUGGUACUCGGACAUCGUCACAACGUGAUGUAUGACAAAAUCGCACGUGCCACAGGUUCGGAAUUGAGUAAACAGUUGGAAGGUUGGUUGAGUGCGGCCGACUUGUCCCAUGGACCCGCAAGAGCGAUCAUCGCCCCGCACGCGGGCUACAGCUAUUGCGGGGCGUGUGCUGGUUUCGCUUACCGACAAAUUAGCCCCGUAGUCGUCCGUAGGAUAUUUAUUCUAGGGCCUUCUCAUCAUGUGAGAUUACCAGGUUGUGCCCUAUCUUCGGCUUCCAUUUACCGAACACCGUUAUACGAUCUGCACAUUGAUCAACAAGUGAGAAGAGAACUCGAAGAAACUGGUCAUUUUGAAUGCAUGGAUCUGAACACAGACGAAGAGGAGCAUAGCAUUGAAAUGCAGUUGCCGUUUAUCGCUAAAGUUAUGGAAGGAUUCAAGGACUCGUUUACCAUAAUCCCAAUUUUGGUGGGAUCUUUGAGUCCGGAAAGAGAGGCGCUUUACGGGAGACUGUUAGCACCCUAUAUGGCUGAUCCGCAAACAUUGUUCGUCAUUUCUUCAGAUUUCUGUCACUGGGGACAACGUUUUCGCUAUACUUACUACGAUAGAUCGUGUGGGCCUAUACACAGAUCUAUCCAAAAUCUCGAUAAAAUGGGCAUGGACAUUAUAGAGACUUUAAAUCCCCCAAUGUUCACCGAAUAUCUUAAGAAAUAUGGUAAUACUAUAUGCGGCCGGCAUCCAAUUGGCGUUUUAUUGCAGGCAAUUCACAGUCUUAAAGGAAAUACGAAUGGUCAAAGGAUGAAUCUGAAAUUUUUGAAAUAUGCUCAAAGUAGUCAAUGUAACAAUAUGAAUGACAGUUCUGUCAGUUAUGCUAGUGCUUCCUUAGUUCUCGAGUGAUAAAACUACAAAUAUAUGAUUCAAGUAUAUGGUCAUUGGCCAGUCUGAGUGUAAACACUUUCUUAAAGUGGAACGAUGUUUAAUAACAGUAAUACGUGACAGUAAAGUUCUAUAAAUUAUUAAGCAAGAUUAGGCUGAACGUUGAGAUUUUAUAAUGCAAAGGGAAAUAACUCAAUUUAACCGCUGCAACUUUUAAUAUUAUUUCCACUAUUGGCGCGGCAGGUGCUAGGGCGAAUUCUUUCUUCUGUUGAUUCUUGCGCUACAAUACAAUAACAGAUAGAGAUGUACCAUUACCGAAAUACCAUACCUUUUGCAUAAAUGCAUUUCGGUUUAUUACUUACAAGAGAUAUUCAGUACUUCCAGAUUUCAAUAUGGGAAGGAGCUUAAAUAUUUCUUUGCUUUGAUUCUCAAUAAAACUAUUUUAGAAUUAAUAGCAAAGUAUGUUUCAUGUGCACUUUCAAGAAAGCAGAUUUCAAACUAUUGGCAAAGAAGAGAAUAUCAUUGACAUUAUCAAGUAACAUUCAAAUUUACAAUAUAUUUAAAUUGUUAACUUGUGUAUCUAAAUUUAUAUUUUUUAUGUUUGUGUUCAAAAUUGUAUAAUUUUUUAUGCUUUUAGGUUGGCAUAGAUUAAUAUAAACUCGAAUUAAAUACGAAAAUAUAUGCUGUGAUAAAGGUAAUACUCGUAUCUUGAACAUUUUAUACGUAUGUAUAUAAUGAAUGUCUAAAAUGACGCGUAUUACCUUUAUUUAUAUAUAUAUAAAAAAGUAAAAAUAGUAUUUGUUUUUGUAUUUCAUACAGAAGAGUAAGGCUACCAAAUAAAGAUUACUUGUGUUAUUUCCAGUGUCUUACUGUGAUUUGAAUUAAAUUAAAUUGAAAUUAAAUGCACUAUUAGACUCGUCAUUAUCAUGUAACAUCUCUUCUGUGCCCCUAGUAUGAACAAUCUGUAUUGUAAUCAAUAUAUCAAUACGAGAAUUUUGGACUUAGAAUUUAAAACACAUGUUACACGUAUAUAUAUAUGGUUUCCUUUUUCUUUCUUUUCAUACAAAGCAAUGGAACGAUCUCAUAUCCUUCCUAUUCUAUAAUCUAUUGUUACCUAAGCAUAGAGGGGAGGGAGGGGAAGUAAACCGAAUAAGCUAAAUAUUAUAUUACUGUAACACGAUGUAAGUUUGAAAAGGGGUCAGUCUAUAUAACCUACAUAUAUACAUAAUUUUAAUUUAACAUUUCUUUUUCUUUAUAUAUAUAUACGUACAUAUACGUAUGUACGUAUAUAUUAUAAACUUGUGCAUCAAAUAUGAUAUAUUUCUCGAGAGUAUAAGUAAUAUUGAAUCCUAUCUCGCUAAAACAUUAAUUAAAACGAAUGGUACACGUACUGCUACAGAUUCAUUUCGCAGUAAGACGACUCGUUUGUGACAAAAAUGUGCGAAAUCGUACAGCUGAUCCUGCACGUGUUGCUUUUUCUAUCUUUAUAUACCGAGGUAAUAAGGUUUAUAUUUGUAUGAAAAAAAUAUAUAUAAUCCAUACAUAUAUAUUUCAUAGACGUGUAAUAAAAUUAUGUGAAGAAAAAUAUACAAAGUUUCUGUACACAACUUGCAAUCUAUAUAUCUCUGUAUACAAUUACGGCAAAUCUCAUCUCGUUCAUUUCAAUAUAUAUAUAUGUUCAUGUAUAUAUAUAUUUCUUUUAACAGUUUCGUAAACUUUCUUCUUUUCUUAUAAUCCCUGUAUUAACGAUAUAGAAAGAUUUGCGAUAAUUGAAUACAAUAUCACCUCUUGUUUCUUCAGUCUUAGAUGUUUUGGUUACUGUUA